AUGUCGAACAGUAUUGGUGGUACUGGCAGCCCUGUGGAGGGGAAAUGCCUCCAGCUUUUCACCAUUGAGUGCCCACUGCUUGUUAAGACUGACAGUGAGAGUCAGAGAGGCUGUUCUGACAGAACUGCCAAAAGAGCUUUCCUCCUGGCGUCCGCUCCAGUUUCUGCCGAGGGUCUUGUCCUGGGGGCUCGCUCUGGAGCUCACUCUCUCUGCCUCAACCUCACUGUCAGAUCUCAGUUCUCAAAUGGACAGCCCUGGUGUGAAGCCCAGGGCUCAGUGGAUGGAAAGCCUUUCCUUCAGUACGACAGUGACAGCAGCAAGGCCAGACCUGUAGGUCUGCUGGGGGAGAAGGUCAAGGCCACCAAAGCAUGGAAAGAAUUGUCCCAAACUCUGGAAGAAGUGGGGCGAGAGCUCAGGAUGAUCUUGCUUGUCACAAAACCAGAGAAAAGCCUGAGCAGGGGUCCCCCCAGCCUGCAGGCCCAGCUGUGCUGUCAGAGGGAAGCAGGAGAGUGCACUGGUGCAUCCUGGGAGUUCAGCAUCAAUGGACAGAGAGCCCUCCUGGACACAAUGACCAUGAGCUGGAUAGUCAUUGAUCCUGGAGCCAGAGGGAUCAAGGAGGAGUGGGAGAAGAACCGGGACCUGGAAGAGUAUUUUGGAAGGAUCUCAACCAUAACUUGUUGUCACUGGCUUAAAAAAUUCUUACAACACUGGGAGAAAAUACUGGCAACCAAAGAUAUUGCAUCCGGCAAUUCCAACCUAAUCAAUGCAACAAGUACCAUCUCAGCAUGCUUCACCUCAGACUGUGUACAGAGAUGUCAGGCAUGGAAUGCCAACCCUUCACCCUCAUCACUUUGCCACCAGGUUCCAGAUACUAGCAGGAUGCGACCACACUUCCCCGGACAGACAACCCCACCAAUGUACCUUGGAACUCCACUUCCCCAGAGCCCUUCCCCACUAGGGAAAGAGAUGGGCAGGCUGGGAAUAUGGAUCGGCCUAUCAGUGCCCAUGUUCAGCAGAGAAGCAAUUACGCUGUGAAUGAUGGAUCCUGAGCAUAGGAACAAUAUUGCUUUAAAGAAAGAUAGACCUUCCACCUUCUGCAUCCCACAAUGAUCUUGGGUCCAUACUCCCAGAGGGUUAAAGAACAGGAAAACUAUCAGGGGAGAGGAUGGGAUACGGAGGUCUGGUGGUGGGAAUUGUGCGAAGUUGUACCCCUCUUAUCCUAUGGUUUUGUCAAUGUUUCCUUUUUAUAAAUAAAAAAAAUUUUUUAAA